AAAAUGCAGAACAUUCGGGGCGGGUCCUCCAGUGUCCAGCUGGGAAUCAGAGAGGGGCGGUGACUGACAGCAGCCGUGUCCAGUCCGCUCCCUCGGAGACCCCAGGACAGGCCCGGAGCCCGCCUCCUGUGCUAGAGAGUGCUCCUCAGGUCUGCCAGGAGCUCAGUACUGGGGUCUGUGUGCUCCCUGUGUUCUCAGGGGCUGCCUGUUGGGCUGGGUUCACCGUUUCCAUUUUGUGUGAAGAGCCUGUUCUGGAGUACUGUCCUGCUCUGAAGCCAGGUGCUUGCGAAUCCAGGAGUCCUCACCAUGGCUGGACACUUCGGGACCCUCCAGACCCUCGUCCUGCUGCAGGCGGUCUUCCUGACCCUGGCGCAGGUGAGGGGUCCGCCAGGUGAACAGGGUCCACCCGGCCCCCCAGGCCCCUCAGGAACCCCCGGAUCCGAUGGCAUUGACGGUGACAAAGGACCUCCUGGCCCGACCGGCCCCGCAGGUGCCAAGGGGGAGCCGGGCGAGCCGGGCCCUGAUGGACCCCCGGGGGAGCCUGGCAUUGAUGGCCUGAUUGGAGCCAAAGGAGACAGAGGCCCCGCGGGAAACCCUGGACCUAAGGGACAACCAGGACCCAUUGGGAAACCAGGACCCACUGGACCCGGACUGCCCGGCCUGCCUGGGCCUGCUGGUCCAAUCGGACUGCCCGGCGAAAUCGGCCUGCAAGGAAUCAAGGGUCUGCUGGGACCAGCUGGAGCACCAGGGCUGCCUGGUCCCCCAGGAAAACCAGGACCUCCGGGAAAAUUCACUGGAGAAGAGGGCAGUGCUGACUUCCAGUGCCCAACCAACUGUCCUGCAGGAGCAAAGGGCCCUCAGGGACUCCAGGGGGUGAAGGGGCACAAGGGGCGGCCCGGCGUCCUCGGUGAGCCAGGAAGCAUGGGCAAGACGGGUUCCGGGGGAGAAGCUGGAAUCUCGGGGGAGCAGGGAAUCCCAGGCCCUCCAGGCCCGCGGGGGGUGAGAGGCUACCCAGGGAUGGUUGGUCCCAAAGGAGAAGCGGGUCCUCGUGGAUACAAAGGCAUGCCAGGACCUGUCGGGCACCCGGGACCCCCUGGCGAGGAGGGACCCCAGGGCCCCCCUGGCAACGCCGGGGAGAAAGGAGAUGUGGGGGGGCGUGGCAUCCAGGGCCCACAGGGCGGCGUGGGACCGAAAGGGGAGAACGGUCUUCCUGGCAUCGACGGGAAGGACGGUACCCCUGGCAUUCCUGGCAUGAAGGGCGCUCCUGGGCAGCCGGGGAUGCCUGGACCUCCAGGCCACCAGGGGACGCCAGGUUUGCCUGGGAGCCCUGGUACCAAGGGUGGAGCCGGAUCAAAGGGCGAUACCGGGCCCCGGGGGCUGCUCGGCUCGGCAGGACCCAGUGGACCCCAGGGAGAGCCAGGACCCCCAGGAGAAGCUGGGAUGCCAGGAGUCCCUGGUCUGAAGGGGGACAGAGGUCAGAGGGGCCCAGUUGGACCACCAGGACUCCCUGGAGUGGCUGGAAUAAAGGGCGAGCGCGGGCCGGUGGGAGUUCCUGGACCGCAGGGAAUUCCUGGGGUGAAGGGAGAUAAGGGAUUCCAAGGAAAAGUGGGUCCCAAGGGAGAUCUUGGGGACCCUGGUGUGGAGGGUCUGGCCGGAGAGAAGGGGGAGAAGGGGCUGUCUGGAGAGCCAGGACCUAAAGGCCAGCAAGGCGUCCGGGGAGAUCCCGGGAACAACGGGCCGACGGGUGACCCCGGGAAGCCGGGUGAGCAGGGCCCCCAAGGACUGUCCGGCCCCAGGGGGCUCCACGGCGAGAGAGGGGUGCCGGGAAUGCCUGGCCGACCCGGCGCGGCUGGCAGAGAUGCCUCUGACCAGCACAUCAUUGAAGUGGUGCUCAAGAUGCUGCAAGAGCGGCUGGCAGCAGUGGCGGUGAGCGCGAAGAGAGCCGCUCUGGGUGGGGCAGGAGUCAUGGGCCCCCCAGGACCCCCAGGACCCCCUGGAGCACCGGGGCCACAAGGGCCCCACGGACACACAGGGCCCAGAGGAAUCCCUGGCAUCAUCGGCGCCCCUGGGCAGAUUGGCAACACGGGGUACAAAGGCAAGAAGGGUCUGAAAGGCGAGCGAGGGGAUCCCGGCCGGCCCCACCCAGGCCCGCCCGGGCCGCCAGGAAUCCCAGGCCCCCCCGGGAUCGACGGCUUCGGCCGGGACGGGAAAGCGGGUGAGCCGGGCCCCCAGGGCACGCUGGGGGAGGGGGGACGCCCCGGCCCCCCGGGGCCACAGGGUCUCCCGGGCUUCUGCGAGGCGGCGGCGUGCCUGGCGGCCUCCGCGUACACGUCCGCGCGGCUGUCGGAGGCCGGCGCGGUCAAGGGCCCGUCCCAGUGAGCGUGGCGCCCCCACUGCCCCUCCCGCCACAGGAAACAACUGGAGAGACCCCCCCCACGGCCUGAGGGAGCUCAGGAGACCACCUCCCAGUGACAGAGACACAGACACCCGCCCUGCCCAGCGCCCUCUGGGAGUGUAUUCAACAUCGACGGAAAUUAACCAAUUAAAUAAAAACCUAGAGAAGGAAAUCUGAAGACUUCUGUCAGAUUUCAGUGUUCAUGACCUCACACUCCUGUCUUCCUCUCUGUACUGACUUCUCAGCGCUGUGUGUGUACGAUGCAAGGCCCCUUUUGAAUUGUCGUCUGAUUACAAAAAAAAAUCACCUUUCUGCUUCUUCAGGCCACUUGACAACAUCACCUCUCUGUCCAGUCAGCGUUGCCACAACUCAGUGCUGUAAAUCUUUGUAAAUGUGUUAAUUUUAUAUUAAUAUGGGGUUUUCAAUGCAAAAAAAAAUAAACAAGAACCCAGUGUUAAUGAACUUAAUCAGCAUGCUUUUUCUUAACAAAAUCUCACAGGAUGCUCAAAUUUAACAAAUUUUAAAAUGAAGCGUGUGAAGAAUGCCGAGUCAUUGUCUAAAGCUGAAUCUGCAGUGCACAGGAACAUGUGUGAUUGAAAGAAUAAAAAGAAACAAAAAAAAAA